AACUGAGCGUCACCGGCGGCAGCGCCGGGCUCAGCCGAGGACUGCCGACAAGUGCCGAGUUCAGCCGAGCGGGGCCGAGUCCAGCCGAGCGGGGCCGAAUGCAGCGUGCGGCAGCGCGGGUGCUGCGCGGGGCGCGGGCCCCCCCAGUGCUGACCCCCCCGGUUCGGACCCCCCCGGUUCGGACCCCCCCGGUUCGGACCCCCCCGGUGCGGGCGCGAUCGGCCCCGGCGGGCACCGCUCCGCUCGGGCUGCUCUAUGAGCGGCACGGGGAGCCCGCAGCCGUCGUGCAACUGAAGGAGCUGGAAGUGCCCAAGCUGGGGGACUGCGAUGUCCACGUCAAGAUGUUGGCAGCCCCCAUCAAUCCCGCCGACAUCAACAUGAUCCAAGGGACGUACCCGCUGCUGUCGCCGCUGCCGGCCGUGGGAGGCAGCGAAGGUGUCGGGGAGGUGCUGGAGGUCGGGCGCCGAGUGGCGGCCCUGAAACCCGGGGACUGGGUCAUCCCCGCGGACGCCGGACUUGGGACGUGGCGGACACGGGCAGUUUUCCCUGAGGAGCUGCUGCUGAAGGUGCCCAGUGACAUCCCAGUGCUCUGUGCUGCCACUCUGAGCGUCAACCCCUGCACAGCGUUCCGUAUGCUGGCCGACUUCGAGAGCCUGGUGCCCGGUGACUCUGUCAUCCAGAAUGCUGCCAACAGUGGAGUGGGUCAGGCUGUCAUCCAGAUCGCCAGGGCCUCCGGCAUCAAGACCAUCAACGUGGUGAGGAACAGACCUGAUCUCCCAAAUCUGGUGGAGAGGCUGAUGGCCCUGGGUGCUGACCACGUCAUCACGGAGGAGAUGCUGAGAAAGCCAGAGAUGAAAGAUAUAUUUAAGAGCAUCCCAAGGCCCCGGCUCGCCCUGAACUGUGUUGGAGGCAAAAGCACCACGGAGAUGCUGCGGCAUCUGCAGCCCAAGGGGACCAUGGUCACCUACGGAGGGAUGGCAAAGCAGCCUGUGAUGGUGCCUGUGAGCGCCUUCAUCUUCCGGGAUGUGCGGCUCCGCGGGUUCUGGAUGACGCAGUGGAGGAAGGAGCACGCACGGGAGCAGGAGCGCGUGGCUGCCAUGCUGGACGCGCUGUGCCAGCUGCUGCGCAGGGGCCAGCUCACGGCGCCCGCCUGCACCGAGGUCCCGCUACAGCACUACAGGGCAGCCCUGGAGCGCUCCGUGACGCCCUUUGUGUCCUCCAAGCAGAUCCUCCUCCUCUGACCUGCAUCCCUCGAGCCCUGUCCUGUUCCACAUGCUUGUCCACAGACCUGAGGGGGGAAAAGACUCUCCAGAUCCAUUUAAUUUCUUUUUUCCUUUGUUUUUCACAUGUUGGGUGCCCACUGAGAGCUUUGAAAGUCUCUGCAGCUUUGUGUGGAAGUGCUGCUGGAGGGAGGCUGCAUCUCACUGUAGCUGGGGGGAGUCUGGGAGCCCAAAUUGUGGCUCGCUCAGCUCAGGGUGUGAAAAGAGCAGCAGUUCCCCCUCACAUGUGCUUUUGGGGCUGGCAGGUCUGUAGCUAUCCCUGCUGGAUAUGAGCAGGGAAGCCCAGGUCAUCUCCUGCAGCCUCCAGGCCUGCUCCAGGAAUGAGGAGGGAGGGGCACAGACUGCCCCAGAUGAUGAGGGUGCUGUGGUUGGAGUGGCCCUGGGUGCUGCUGCAGCUCUGGAGCUGCCUGGGUCACCCCUGGCUGGGUUUUGCCAAGGGUACUGCAAGGGCCAGAGCCUCUGGCCAUCAAACACUGGAGCCAGACCCUCAGUGUCCCUGAAGGCCCUCCUGCCCCAGUGUGGGACGGACCAGGACACUGCAGAGCAAUGUGAAAAGAUUUAUUAUUGACAACAACCAACAAUGUGUUCUUGCUUCCUCCUGUGCUGCACUUCUGCCUCUGAGGCCCCUAUGGUCCCUGUUGCCAGUCCAGCUGUGGCUGAGGCCGGGCAGCGUUGGCUGUGCAGCUGCAGGUGGGGCAGUGGCCAUGGCCCCAGCCUUGCCACCACAAACCAUUUUCCUUCCCCGUGCCAGCACUGGAGGCAGAGCCCCAUCCUGUGCCUCUGUGCUUCCUGAUCAAUGGAUAAAGUGGCAAAAAAAGAACUUGUAGAUCGUUACAAGCACUAUUAAACAUGACAUAAAACAGAAAAAAUAA